CGCACAUGCGCGCACGUCCGGGGCGUCCUGGAGACCUGGCGGAGCCGGGAGCGGAGGGAGGCCUGACGGCGGCGGGGGCGGAGCGCGCCGCGGGGCGGGUGCAUGUCCGCGGCGGGCGCCGUCUAGAGGAGCGCCGGGCCACCGCCGCCACGCUCUCAGUCUCGGCGCGACGCAAGCGAGCCAGGCUACGGGCCGCGGCGGCGAUGCAGCGACGGCGGCGCCCCCCGGCGCCCGCCCCGCAGCGCCCCGAAGGCGGCGGGCACGACGGCGAAGCCGUGGAGGUGCAGUUCUGCGCCGGGCGCCUUGGCGCGGCCGCCGCGCUGUCGGCGGCGGAAGCGGCGCGCAGCGCCGAGGAGGAGGAGGAGCGGCUGGAGCGCGAGCACUUCUGGAAGAUCAUCAAUGCCUUCCGCUACUACGGCACCAGUAUGCAUGAGCGAGUGAACCGAACAGAAAGACAAUUUCGAUCACUUCCAGAUAAUCAACAGAAACUACUUCCUCAGUUUCUUCUUCACUUGGACAAGAUCCGGAAAUGCAUUGAUCAUAAUCAAGAAAUACUACUGACCAUUGUGAAUGAUUGCAUACAUAUGUUUGAAAAUAAAGAAUAUGGAGAAGAUGGGAACGGAAAGAUUAUGCCAGCAUCUACAUUUGACAUGGAUAAGUUAAAAUCUACCUUGAAACAGUUCGUGAGAGACUGGAGUGAAACUGGGAAAGCAGAAAGAGAUGCCUGCUACCAGCCAAUCAUUACAGAAAUUUUAAAAAAUUUCCCAAAAGAAAGAUGGGAUCCUUCUAAAGUAAAUAUUCUGGUACCUGGUGCUGGACUAGGAAGACUGGCCUGGGAAAUAGCUAUGCUAGGUUAUGCUUGUCAAGGAAAUGAAUGGAGUUUUUUUAUGCUCUUUUCUUCCAACUUUGUACUGAACAGAUGUUCUGAAAUUAAUAAAUACAAACUUUAUCCCUGGAUCCAUCAGUUCAGCAAUAACCGGAAAUCAGCUGAUCAGAUUCGACCCAUCUCUUUCCCUGAUGUUGACCCCCACAGUCUUCCUUCUGGUUCUAACUUUUCUAUGACAGCAGGAGAUUUUCAGGAGAUUUAUUCAGAAUGCAAUACUUGGGACUGUAUUGCCACCUGUUUCUUCAUAGACACAGCUCACAACGUGAUUGAUUAUAUUGACACAAUAUGGAAAAUACUCAAGCCAGGUGGGAUUUGGAUAAAUCUUGGUCCUCUGUUGUACCACUUUGAGAACUUGGCAAAUGAGUUAUCCAUAGAAUUGAGCUAUGAGGAUAUAAAAAACGUGGUUCUGCAGUACGGAUUCCAGGUAGAGGUGGAAAAAGAAUCUGUAUUAUCAACAUAUACUGUGAAUGAUCUCUCUAUGAUGAAAUACUACUAUGAAUGUGUCUUGUUCGUGGUCCGUAAGCCACAUGAUUUUAAGUAAUAUCGCCUGGAAAAAGUUUAAUAAGAUCAAAUACUGAAAUAAACUGAAAAUCAACUAUCAGUGAUGACAGGACACAA